AUGGCGUCCCGCCAACCACCCCCACCAUCCUCCAAAACUCGCCCUCCAAGACGAAUACGGCGCGGCGCCGCCCCCCUAGGUCCAAAUACUGUUACCAACCCAAAUACCCUUUCGAGCUCGAGCCGCGGUGGUUUCUCACCUAGAAAACUUGUUUGGACAGGUGCAUUCGCCGCGAUAACAAUAGUCGGCGCGAUCUAUGGCGCGGGGCUCAAGACGCAACAGGAGUUUAAGCAAGAAAAGCAACAAAUCAUCGAGUCUACUCCCGAAGACCGUAUACGCGACCUCGAGACGCGGCGCGCGAUGCUUGUAAAGCAGAAGAUGCCGCUUGAGCGCAAGUUAGUAGCUCUGAGGGAGAGGAUGAAGGCUCAAGAGUUAGAAGCUGCUGCCGCUGCUGAGGGUAGUAGUGGGGUAGAGGGGGGUAAAAAGUAA